ACUGCUGAACGUCAUUACCCAUGAUCUAAUCGUUUUCAGAUUCGGUUGCUAACGUCGAGUAACCAUAACAAAAUGUUCCCUAUUACAUUUCGAUUGCCUUCUGUCUUAACCUGGUCUUAACCCUCGCAUCUUCGGCAAUUAAGGGUGAAAGCCAAAGGAGACAUCAGGGCGAUGUCGAAAGAAGUUCAGCCGGGAUCAAAUUACAGUGAUCCACCCGUGUGCACAAACCCUGGUAACCCUGUGUUUUCAUGCAUGAUGCAAUCUGAUUCUGCAUCUGCACCAUCUGCAGACAGCAAACCUCAGAACAUCCUCUACAAAACGACAUCCAGCGUCUACGGCUUGCUCCCACCCACAUAUGAAUCUUCGCCUUGCUCCUACCACCCAGUGUCAAUGCAAUUCUCAGACCACCUCAACAAGUGUGGGAUGUACCGGAAUAACUCAUUCAAUACAAGUGUGGAUAGAAGCAGAGUGUAUGACUGUCCUAAUCUGCGUAAUACUCUAUGAGUAAUUUAACUGCCUUGAGUAAAAUUACGUAUACUUUGCACCCCUGUUUUCCAUUUUAACUGCUGGUUUGUGAAUCUUGCCUUUGCUUUAGAUGUGGCACGUGACAUUUUUGUGUGCUAUUCACAUUGUGUAAAAAUGAUAAUGUGCUCUGGAAUUUCUCCUGAAAAGGACUCUUCAUCUAGUCCAAAUGAACCAUUUCAUAGUAACUGAUGGUAUAUGCUGAUACAGAAAGGGUUGCAUAAUUUUUAAUGCCCUUAGGAACAACUGAAAUGUGUAUGCAUUUUGUACAAUGUCUUUAGAACAAAAAUGAUCAAAUGUCAAGUAAUCAGAAGAAAUAAGCAGCAGAAUCCUAUAAGUGUUUACAGUCACAAUAAAGUAUUUUUAAUUGGUUAAUGCAAAUAAUGGUUCAGUUCAAUGCCUAACAUGCUCCUCUUGGAAAUCAGAGGGACCAGCCAGGCUUCCCUGAAUGAUUUGCCUGAUCUUUUCUGCAUCUGCUUGAACGGCUUCAUUGUGAGGGUCAAUCUUCAGAGCUGACUGGUAAUCCUGAAGACCUGUUGAAGUAUGGUGAAAUUUUGAGAAGCAAACCAAAACUAGUUAACUUGAUCUACUGUGAACUAUAUACAAAACUGUAUUCUGUGAAAUUACAGAAGACACAAUCUGUAUAGGAGUAGUAACCUCCUUUCUCCAGGAGAGGACGCUGUAAUAUAGGACAAGAUGAAGAUGUUAAGCAGGCAUCAUGCCUGUGAACUGAAGUUGAUCACUCAUAAAUGCACAGCACACAACAAUGGUUAGUUCAAAACUCAACUGCAAAAAAUAUGGACUGUUAAAUCAUACAUGUUUGUAUGAGAAUAUGAUCACAUUUACAUUUUGAAGCAAUUUCCUUCACUUGCCCUCAUCAUGUCUGGUUGAGUAUAAAAGGGAGGAUAGUGAUUUUUUAUGAUACAAUAUCUGACACAUGUAGACCUGAAACCUGUUGUUUAGUAAGCAAAAAAAUAAAGACAUGAAUGAAGUAA